UCACUUCAAACACGAGGUAUUCAGGAUCAUUUUGAUCGAUCAAAAGUUCUGAUUAAUAGUCCUCAAAAUAGGCACACAGAAAUUUACAUGAGCGGGUUAGUCGCCGCCUAGUGCUUCUCGACGCACUUUACGGUGAAGGCGGCCGUAUUCCUCUUUAGGCCGCCGAAUGGAUACGACCACGCCUUCUCCUGCCGCCACGUCACCACGACGUCCCUCCAGUGGGACCCACCGACCUCCUCCCCGCCGUCAAUAAAUACCCCUCCCCUCCUCCUCGCUUCUUCCCUUUUCUCCCGCUUCCCUCCUCCCCUCCCCUACCUUAAUUCUUAUUUACAAAUAGGUCCUCCACGAUGUCCUUGGAUGAAUUUUUUUCAAUCCCUUUCCCGGCCCUCGAAGGCGAGUUCGGCUUCACCCCCUGGCCGGCCCCGGCCCCGGCCCCGACCCCGACUCCGACCGCCAGUCUAGAAGAACCACUUGAUGUUCUCAACUGGACCUCUGAAUCUCCUCUGGUUUCACCAAUCAGUGAGCUUUGCGAGAACCAGGCCGCCCUUUCGCCGUCCGAGAAGCGCCGGCUGAAGCGCAGGAUCUCGAACCGCUUGUCAGCCCGCCGCUCCCGCAUGCGAAAGCAGCACGAACUCGAGGAGCUCCGGAGCCAGGUAGCCCGGCUCCGCUCCGAGAACCAAGACCUCGUCGACCGGCUCAUCGACGUCUCCAACCUCUGCCUCCUCUUCCGCCACGACAACGACCGGCUCCGCGCCUAUUCCGCCGCCCUCCACCGCCGUCUCUUCGAGCUCCGCCGCCACAUCGUCCUCCAGUAGCUUCGCCUACUCCCUUCUCCCCCGCCGCCGGCGCCGGUCUGCGCCAGCAGCGGCUUUGCUUCCGCAUACGAACAGACCCUCGCGUCGCUAAUCGCUUAAAAUAUUUAAAACUUGGGAAAUUUUUAAAUUGGAUAAUGUGGAAAGAGAUGGAAAAGAGUCAAAGAAAGCCAGCCACUGCUCUCUCUCUUCAACAUAAAUUUAUGGCGGGAAUUUGCCGGGCUUUGCUUUUGUUGGAAAAGCGGUUUGUGUAAA